AUGGAGAAGACUCUCGAUGUGGCCAACUUGCCAAACGGCACAAAUGUACACGAGGACACUUUGCAACCGUCUCUCGCAUACUUUCAGGUGUACAAAUGGACGGUGGACCGUAAAAUCGCGCAGGGCGACUUCAGUUUCAUCUACGCGUGCACCGGCGGAGCCGUCAACUCGAAACAGUUCGCGAUGAAGGUGGAAAGCGCGGCGAGCCCUCUUCAGAUGCUCAAAGCGGAGGCGUACGUGCUCCAGAAGAUCUCCGUUGCCAAGAAGAACUCGCGACACUUUUGCGACGUCGAGGACAUUGGCAAGUUCCAGGGAAUCCACUACAUCGUCAUGAAUCUGGUCGGCCGUGCGCUCGUCGAUUACAUGAAGUCCUCGCUCUCCGGCAUGCUCACAGUCAACUGCGCACUGAGCGUUGGCGUGCAGAUUGUCGAGGCGUUGGAGGAUUUGCACAAUUGUGGAUUCUUGCACCGCGAUCUCAAACCCUCGAACAUUUGUUUGGGCCGAAAGGAUCGCAACGAGUCGGGCAAAGUGUUCUUGCUCAGUUUCGGCAUCUCCAGAAAGUUUCUCGACUCCAAGGUGCGCGUUUUGACGCAAAAUGCUGUCAAAAAUCUGAAAAUUUCGGUGUUUUAUUGUGUGCCUUUUCCCGAACACUCGUUUUUCCAGAAUCAAAUGAGAAAGCCGCGCGAACGUGCCGACUUCCGCGGCACAGUCCGUUACGCGUCGCUCGUGUGCCACCGACUGCAGGAGCUGAGCCGGAAGGACGAUUUGGAGUCGGCGCUGUACGUGAUCACCGAGUGCAUAACGGGCCAAUUGCCGUGGAAGGGCCUUCCGGACGGGGCCGCCGUGCUCGGCGUGAAGCUUUCGAGCCGCCAGCCGCCCGCCAUCUACCAGCUCUUUCGGGGCGCUGCUCCGAUCGAUGAGCUCCGCGAGCUCAUGCUUCUCAUCGACUCGUACGAAUACAACUCGACGCCCGACUACAAUGCCAUUUAUGCGAUUCUCCGCCGCGCAAUCCGUCGCAGCCCGCAACCGGAGCACCCGUACGACUGGGAACACGGCGGCACGAACUCUCUUUGCGACUUUUGA